AUGGUGAUGAUCACAAUAGAUCUUAUACGGAAACAUUCUGAACACAAUGAAGGCGAAAUUUCGACUUUAGAAGAAAUAGCUCUUCAUCAAGAAAAUAUUGAAAAAAUACAAGUUAUUGACAAAAUUUGUCGUAAUUUAAAAAUACUUUUAAUGCAAAAUAAUAUAAUAAGUAAAAUUGAAAAUUUAAAUAUGUUAAAAAAACUUGAAUAUUUAAAUUUAGCGCUUAAUAAUAUUGAAGUAAUUGAGAAUCUUGAAGGACUUGAGAGUUUAAAUAAAUUAGAUCUAACUGUUAAUUUUAUUGGUGAUUUACAAAGUGUUAAAAAAUUGAGAUUUAAUGAAAAUUUAAAACAACUAUUUUUAACCGGAAAUCCUUGUUCAGAAUACUUUGGUUACCGCGAUUACGUAAUAGCGACACUACCGCAAUUAAAAGAACUCGACAUGACAGAAAUAACACGAUCCGAUCGGAUUAAAGCACUCCAAAGGUACGCGGAAAUUGAAGGAGACGUCAUUAGAGGCUAUUGGGAUUAUUCUAAAAUUAGAAAAAAGCAAAUAGAACGUUUUAAUCAGCGAGACAAAUUGACAAUUACGGAAAUAAAUGAAAACUCUGACGCUGAUGAGGAGGUUGAAAAUUCAAACUUUUGGAAUAGUAAGAGCUAUCACACACCAGAAGAUCGGAUUGCGAUUGCCGAAAAAACUAUUGAAAUAGCGGAGAAGAAAAAUGGAAAAAAAAAUGAUAGACCGGAUAAAACUAAAUUUGUUCCGAAAUUGUUUAAUUCUGAAGGCAGAGCUUAUAAUAUCAAUCAAGCUAAAGUUUCAUUUACUUUGAAUGAUGAUGAUCGUGAUAAUAUUAUUCUUGAAGUCAUUUUGUACAAACAUCUGGAUACGUCAUACGUAGAAGCUGAUGUCCAACCAUUUUACGUACGAGUAACAAUAAAGGGAAAAAUUCUCCAACUAUCACUUCCGUGUGAAAUAUCAACAGACACAAGUGUCGCAAAAAUAAAUGUCGCAACAGGUAACUUAUUAAUAACUAUGCCACGUUUAGCCCCUUUGCCAUCUGUGGUAAAACCCGAAAGUUACGCAACCAAGACAACUUGCAAAAUUGAUAGUAAUCGUAACAACCCAACCAAGAUUGUAAGAUCUACACCUGUUAUAACUAAACGAGAGUUAUUGGAAAUCGGGCCAAGAAAUAACGACAUGGAUUUUUCUAAUAUUUAUAAAUCACCAAAGUUUAAAAAAGACUCAAAUAAUUUAAAAACUAAAAAAUCUGUCGACUUUGUAGACAAUCCCGAUGUUCCUCCAUUAGAAUAAAUAGUU